GGGGAGGGUGCGCGCGCGUUCAGCGGCCUCUUUGUGUGGUGCCCAGAUAGGGGAGCGGAGGUGGCGGUGGCGGUGGCGGUAGCGGCGGCUUUGGUUGACUUCCAGUCUUCUCGGCUCGCCCUCUAGCCGGCACCUCUCCCCUUCCCUCCCCCUUCCUUUUUUCCUCCUUCCCUCCCCUUCCCUUCUUCCCUUCCCCGUCGGUGACCGGCGGUGGCGGCUCCAGCAACGGCUGGGCCCAAGCUGUGAAGAGGCCUUAGCCAACGAUAACGGCGACGGCGAAACCUCGGAGCUCGCAGGGCGGGGGGAAGGCCCGGGCCGUGGAGAUGGAGAAUUCCCAGUUGUGUAAGCUGUUCAUCGGCGGCCUCAAUGUGCAGACGAGUGAGUCGGGCCUGCGCGGCCACUUUGAGGCCUUUGGGACUCUGACGGACUGCGUGGUGGUGGUGAACCCCCAGACCAAACGCUCCCGUUGCUUCGGCUUCGUGACCUACUCCAAUGUGGAGGAGGCCGAUGCCGCCAUGGCCGCUUCGCCCCAUGCCGUGGACGGCAACACGGUGGAGCUGAAGCGGGCGGUGUCCCGGGAGGAUUCAGCGCGGCCCGGUGCCCACGCCAAGGUUAAGAAGCUCUUUGUCGGGGGCCUUAAGGGAGACGUGGCCGAGGGCGACCUGAUCGAGCAUUUCUCGCAGUUUGGCACAGUAGAAAAGGCCGAGAUUAUUGCCGACAAGCAGUCGGGCAAGAAGCGUGGCUUCGGCUUCGUGUAUUUUCAGAAUCACGACGCGGCCGACAAGGCCGCGGUUGUCAAGUUCCAUCCGAUCCAGGGCCAUCGCGUGGAAGUGAAGAAGGCCGUCCCCAAGGAGGAUAUCCACUCCGGUGGGGGCGGAGGCGGUUCCCGGUCCUCCCGAGGCGGCCGAGGCGGCCGGGGUCGCGGCGGUGGUCGAGACCAGAACGGCCUGUCUAAGGGCGGCGGCGGCGGUUAUAACAGCUACGGUGGUUACGGCGGCGGCGGUGGCGGCGGCGGCGGCGGCGGCUACAAUGCCUACGGAGGCGGCGGAGGCGGUUCGUCCUACGGUGGAAGCGACUACGGUAACGGCUUCGGCGGCUUCGGCAGCUACAGCCAGCACCAGUCCUCCUAUGGGCCCAUGAAGGGCGGCGGCGGCGGCGGUGGCGGUGGCAGCAGCUGGGGCGGUCGUAGUAACAGUGGACCUUACAGAGGCGGCUAUGGCGGUGGAGGUGGUUAUGGAGGCAGCUCCUUCUAAAAAAAAAAAAAAAAAAAAAAAAAAAAAAAAAAAAAAAAUCUAAAAAUGCCUGGGAGUGGCUAUAGGGGUAGCUCUUUUCAACAACCCAGCUAGGGUCAACUCCUAAGUUCCUUCCUCUCCCACCGCCUUCCCCAUUUUUCCCUUGGGGGAGCCGCUUCUAAGGCUGCUUAUCCUUGGGGGUGUUGCCCUAUUUGCCUGCCACCUCUCUUGUCUCUCCCUCUGAAGAUGGACUCGGCCCCACAUACACAUUUUUGUGUUACAGUCAUUGAUGGACUCUAUUUUUUUAUUAUUACUUGGACCUUGGUCGUUUUUAUACUAGCAAAAUGUCUUGUUUUAAUUUGUGUUUUUUGGGGGGGAGGGAGUGAACUUGCUGAUUCUGUAGCAAAACCUGGGCGGGGGUUGGGGUGGGGGGGUAGUUUACUUUGUUGUAAGGACUUGAUAUCUGGCUACAGCGUUUUCUAUGAAAUCUACUUGGAUUCCAUGCCUGAAAUUUGAAAGCAUAUGUACAAAAAUCAUUUUUACGUUUUAUUUUUAAUAAAUCAUUGUGUUUGACCGUA